AUGGCAUCAGAUGGACGGAAGCUGGGCGAAGAGCAUCAGGAUGUCGAGGUCGGGCCUGAGGUGGUCAACAUCGAUCGGAUCGAGAAGGUGUAUGACAAACUCGAUCGACGAAUCCUGCCCGCAUUCUGGAUCUUGUACUUCAUGUGCUCAGCCAUCCGAUCCAACAUCGGGCUCGCGCAGACGAUGAACUUGGACAAAAAGCACGACCUGGGAUCCGUACUGAACAUUACGCCCAAGCAGGUGUCGACUGGUCUUGCGCUGUUUUACGUGUGCUAUGUGAUUUUCGACUUGCCGUCGAACCUGGUCAUGUCGAGGGUGAGUCCGCACGCGUGGAUGAGCAGGAUUGUUACCUUGCUACGACUGCUUCUUGGAAUUGUCAUUGCGGGUAUGUGGCCGGGCAUGUCUUAUUAUCUCACGCUCUUCUACCCACCGUCGAGAACUGGCAAGCGUAUUGGUCGCUACUUCACUGCGUCUCAGAUCUCCGCAGCCGUUGUCGGCUUGGUUUCUGCUGGCUUCCAGAAGAUGGACGGUGUAGGAGGUCUUGUCGGAUUCCAGUGGAUGUUCCUGAUCUACGGUAUUGUCGGCUUUCUUGUUGGUGUAUCACUACUAUUCUGGCUCCCGGAUCGACCACUCCCACCAGGCGAAGUCCGUGACCGAAGCGGUUGGCUGAGGUUUCUGCCUCAAACCAAGCCAGCUCUGACGGGUGAGGAUGCAAGGGUCCACUAUGAAGAUCUUACCAGAGUCUACAACCGUAGCAUGUGGAACAUGAAAGACCUUUGGCACGUCGUCACCGACUGGAGACUGUAUCCGCUGGUUGUCAUGUACUUUGGUGUUGUUGGAGUGGCUGAGUCUGCUGUCCGCGCCGAUCUGGCUGUAACCCCCCUCUCUGACCGCUUUCACCGCUACCGCGCAUGGUUCUUCAGCGGAGCAGUCAUGAUUCAGAUUGCCGGUCUCCUGAUGGCCACGUUUGCAAAAGACUGGACGCGGUACGGAGGAGUGCUUCUCGUCGGCUUCGGGCUUGGGCCGACGGUACCCAUCUGCAUGGCGUGGUCCAACGAGAUCUUCCAGCUCCGCCACGGCGAAGUCGGUGUGGCAGCCGCCAGUGCCCUUGUGUCUGGAUUGGGCAACUUGGGCAGUAUCCUGACCACAUAUGCGCUGUACUCUGGGUGGCCUGAGGAUGCCAAGCCAGGACCACACAGAUACCGCAAGAGCAACCUGGUCAUGAUUGCAAUCUUGGUUGCCAGCAUCGUGAGCGCAGCAGCCAUGGUGGUUCUGUUGAAGGUGUUUGGCACGAAGAGGAAGGAUGAGGGAAGCGGUAACUCGACUAGCGAGGGUGAGGCUGUCUACAUAGACGGUGCCGCAAGACGCGAGGUCCAGCAGCGCGGACUCGGACGCAUGUUCGCGUUCAAAUGA